AUGACUGAAACAAUGCGCAAUGACGCGCGGGACCAUGCCGUCAAUUUCAACCCCAGAAAUAAAACCCCCCUUUACCACCACCCAAGCAUGUCAGGCCGAUCGCUAGGCAAAAUGCGUGGGCUCGAUGAGAGUACCGACCUCCUUCUUCGUGUUGGACAGACAGCAGGCGAGCAGGUUAGGCAUGGCUGGGACGCGUUUCUCAAUUUCGCGGCCCGAGAUAACGUUCUCGAGGUUGCGUUGGGUUUGAUCAUUGCUAAUUCCUUCACCAAAGUCGUUACUUCGUUUGUCUCCGAUAUAGUUUUACCGGUUGUUUCACUGCUUCCGUUUUUGAAUCGGAAUAUGGAUCAGAAAUUUGCCGUUUUGUCGCAAGGGCCUCACUAUGAUCCGGAAAAGGGGUACAAUACGGUGAAACAGGCUAGGGACGAUGGGGCGCUUGUUUUAGCUUGGGGGGGAUUUGUCGAAAACAUGUUGAAUUUUCUGGGCGUUAGCUUGACUUUGUUUGCGGUCGCGCAUUUAUAUAUGCUCGUCUCUCGUAACAAAAUCAUCAAGCCUACUGCCUCGCGUUGUCUCAAUUGUUCAAGCUGGCAGGAUGGCAGAGAGGACGUGUGCAAGGACGAUGAGGUAGAAGAAGAUGAAUAUCGACUUUGA